UGGGCACAGGUGGGUGGCACUGGUGGGCACAGGUGGGUGGGCACAGGUGGGUGGCACUGCUGGGCACAGGUAGGUGGCACUUCUGGGCACAGGUGUGUGAAAUUGCAGAGUGGCACAGGUGGGUGCACUACUGGGCACAGGUGGGUGCACUGCUGGGCACAGGUGGGCGGAACUUGCAGGUGGCACUGCUGGGCACCGAUCAUCAGGGCACUGAUCAUCAGUGCCCUGAUGAUCGGUGCCGAUCCCCGCUCUGACAACUGCCGGUUCUCGGCAGUACUUUUCUCACGAUCUGACAGCGUGAGGAAAGUGCAGCCGAGAACCGGCACUUGC